AUGGAUACAUUGGAUACAGACGCAGAUACAGGGAUCGAUGACUUUGAUGACAGCGCAUGGGCAGAAGCCGUGAACGAUAUUAUAUUUCAACUGGACUCGCAUUUAGCGGGUGCUGGGAUGCCCAAUUUUGGAGCGAGUUCACACCAGUAUCGAGGCGCAAACCGCUCAGAAAUGGAAGAAGAGGUCAACCCGUAUGAAUCCACCCUUGGAGGUUCUCACGGAGAUCAAAAUGGGAGGAAUCUUGACGAUUUUGAGAGUUUCUUUUACAUGAACACACCUUUCGAUCACAUUUCUGCUGGAAAAGUACUGCCUGCGUUGAGUACUGACCAGGAUGAGGUAAAAAUCGCAGGUAGGGAGCAGUUACAGCUGGAAGAGGGCGCAGAAAAGCUCCCGGCUGUGACCCCUUCUUCCGACAUUCGGUCAUCCACGGGAACGCAUGACCCGACAACGACCCCAAGUGGCUUAUCAGAAAAAGACCAGUAG